AUGGAAGGAUAUCCAAAUGCGGCGGCAAAAUUCUCCAAGGAGGCGAAUCUACAGCCGCACCAAGACAAUGCAUCUAUUCGGGCGAGACAAGAAAUUCAGAACCACAUACACAGUGGCAGUAUUCAGGCCGCAAUUGAAGCUUUGAAUGAGCUUGACCCAGAGCGGCACCACGCUGACCGUAUCACACAGAUCCUAGAUGAUGAUAAAGCAUUGCACUUUUCGCUCUUGCGUUUGCAACUAGUGGAGCUCAUCCGUUCAUGUAAUUCCGCUGGCGGCGACAUUGGCCCAGCUCUGAAAUUUGCUACGGAACAACUUGGUCCUCGUGCCCCGACCAACCCCAAAUUUCUUGAGGAUUUGGAAAGGACCAUGGCGUUGUUACUCUUCCCCCCGGAUAGCUUAGAGCCCCAACUUGCGUCACUUCUCGACCCCGAACUUCGUCGAACUGCUGCUGAUAGUGUGAAUAAAGCCAUUUUGGAGAAGCAGUCAGCUCGACGCGCCGCAGCCAUUCGCCAGCUCGUCAAAAUGCGAGCUUGGGCAGAAAACACUGCGCGGGACAAGGGAAUCAGUCUACCAGAUCGACUUGACAUCGGCCUUCGAGGGGAAGAGCAGGGCCACCACGAUUGCCAACAGUCCCACAUCGGCAAUGGGCAUGAACCCAUGGUAACCAGCUAA